UAGUUUCCGUGUGGUCCUCAAUUCAAUUCCACUUUCACACUGGUCAGGGUCAUUCCUUCUCUUCCAUCCUCAAUUUUUCUUUCUCUUUCGAUUUUGGUUCCAUUCUCUUCUUAGCCACACUGAAAUUUAGGUAUCCGAAGAUUUUUCAUUUUUUCUUACAUACAUACUUGAAUGACAGGGUUUUUCACUUUAGCACUAGCAAGAGAUUUCGUUACCUCAUUCGAACAGUGAACUUAGGGUUCCUGAGCGUCUUCUUUUAACGAAUUAUAUUCAUAAUUCAUGUCGAUAAUUUCCCCCCGAUUUUAGAUAGUCUCGAUCAUGGGUUUCAAUUCGGUUUACAGAUGCUUGCAGGAAAUAUUUCCACAGGUUGAUGCCAGAUUACUGAGGGCUGUGGCUAUUGAACACCCAAAGGAUGCUGAUCUAGCUGCUGGAAUUGUUCUCUCUGAAGUCAUCCCGUUCAUGACCAAAAAAUCACCUCCUGCUACUCCUCCACAUGAACAGGGCCAUGGAUCCCCAGUAAAUAUUGCAGUUGAAAGUGAGGAAGAAGGUAAUAUGUUAAGGCAUCGUCAGCCUGUUGAAGACAUACAUGCGGGGUCUUCUUCUGCUCCACAUUCUACAUCUGUAGAAAUUACUAAAACUGAUGAUUAUUCUUUUGGACUGGAUCUGAAUGUGGCUCUGGAUGAGUCCACACUGUCAAGUGCCUGUAAUUUAAAUGACGGUGCUGAUAAAUUUCUUGGAUUGAAUGAAAUUAAGGAGCUAAAUAUUUUUUGGAAUGCUGAAGAUAACUUCAACGGAGAGACCUCAUACAAGAUUGCUCCAGAGACAUCAAAUGGCUUUACUCAGGGAGCUAAUGAAAAUUUUGAUCAAGGACAAUUUCAUGUGGAUGUUGAUUGUGAAAAUUUGAUAUCUUCUGGUAUAUGUCAAGAGAUGGAAGUUACACAGAAUCACCUUGGCAAGGAAGUUGCUUCCUCUAAUAACAAUGGCAAUAGAAUUGGAAACCAUUUAAAUGAAGAGUGGGUAGAUUUUGUAGGUCCUUCAGCUGAUGAUUAUGAUGCCACUAUUUGUGAUACAAGUCACAGACUAGAAAAUUGUGAAACUCCGUUUAUUGAGAUGGAAAACGCUGUGGCUCAAGCAGCUUGUCAUGUUUUCGAGAAUCCACUAAAUGCUGAAGAAAGUCUCCAAUUCGAAUUGGAUGUUGGUCCUUCUGGUGCUGUUGAUGAAACUAAUGGCGUUGAAGAUGAGAUUGGUGGGAAUAAUGCAGUAAGCGAAUAUAGUCAAGUGAGCAGGAUUGAUCUGCUUGAGGAGAUAAUUGAUGAAGCCAAAACUAACAAGAAAACGUUGUUUUCAUCAAUGGAGUCUCUUAUCAACUUAAUGAGAGAAGUGGAACUUCAGGAGAAAGCUGCAGAGCAGGCCAAUAUGGAAGCUGCUACAGGAGGGUCUAACAUUCUGGCUAGGGUAGAAGAGUAUAAAACAAUGUUGGUGCAAGCUAAAGAAGCAAACGACAUGCAUGCAGGAGAAGUUUACGGAGAAAAAGCAAUUCUGGCAACUGAACUGAAGGAACUUCAAUCACGUCUGCUCAGCUUGUCUGAUGAAAGGGACAGGUCACUUGCAAUUCUUGAUGAGAUGCGACAAAUUCUUGAAGCACGACUAGCUGCAGCAGAAGAAUUGAGGAAAGCAGCUGAGCAUGAAAGGCUUGCAAAGGAGGAAUCUGCACGAAAGGCUCUUGUUGAACAGGAAACACUGGUGGAAGAGGUAGUACAUGAGUCAGGAAGACUACAGCAGGAGGCAGAAGAGAAUUCAAAGUUGCGUGAGUUCCUGAUGGACCGUGGACGGGUUGUUGAUAUGCUGCAAGGAGAAAUUUCUGUUAUUUGUCAGGAUAUUAGGCUUUUAAAGGAGAAAUUUGAUGCAAAUCUUCCGUUGAGUAAAUCCUUCACCUCACGCCAGACUAGUUGCAUCUUAGCUUCUUCAGGUUCGUCCCACAAAACCGUGGCAUCUGAUGUGGGUUCUGAGCACAGUGAUUCAUCUGAAAUUCGCAAGACCAGUCCGGCAGCCUCAAUUGAAAGCCUUUCUUCCAAAAGUGGGCACGACGAGGAAAAAUCCCAAGUUGAUCGCAAUGCUCUUCUUGAUGAUGGGUGGGAUAUUUUUGAGAAAGAUGCAGAACUGAAUUCGGGAGUUUACUGACUUUUUGUUCUGCUGAAAGAGGAAAGAACCUAGGAGUUCGAGCUAUUAUUUAUACUACAAAUAAACCUUAGAAUUCCUUGGAUGUCAUUGAUUAGUUGUGAGCUGGAUAUUUACUUUCAAGCUUCCGUUUCAAACAGUAGUAAUAGCAUAAAUAGUAGCUUACUAGCUUUGUAAUGUACAACUUUUAUAUACGUCCUCGAGGUUGGGUUCUCAUUGUUUCCAGAUUUUGUAUAGAAAAUGUCAUUGGGAAUAAUGGAGUAUUUAGUUUAUACUUGAUUUCUUUUUUCUCAUCUGUAAUGAUUAUUGGUUUUUUUCUAUCUUCAUUUAAUUACUCAUAGGGUUGUUGCGGGACAUCCCUGGUUUGCGCUCUGCUAAGCAUUAAGACCCAAUCAGAAUCUGGGUGAUGUGUAUCAAUGUGUGGAAUAAUUGGUGAUACAGGUGUAGCAACAAAACGUUGCGGUGAACCAAAUAAACAUGUGAAUUGGGAAUUAUCCCCUUUCCCCAAUGUGAAUGGAAACAGAAAUUUAUCUCAAUCGGUGCCGACAACACUGGUUUGAUUGGGUCAUAUGUUUUAAUAUAUUUCCUUUUCCUCUUCGCAGUAUGAUAUUUCUUGGUCGUAUAUUUCCCUGGUAGUUUUUCGUGGAUAAUUUUUGGGUCAACGUGCCACCGCCAGAUUAUAAUUUAGUGUUUAAAGUCAAAUUAUUAUGGAAAUGGUAUAGGUUGGGUAAAAUGAGACGGUUGACUAGUAUUCUUAUUUCUGGUGGUAUUUAGAGAGGAAUCACCUAAUUAACUUAUCUACAGUUGGGCUUAGAUACCAAAUCGGAAUGUUUCUGAUUAUAAAAACCAUUAAGAAUAAUAAUUAUAACAUUUUCGGGUGCUUAUGGUGUUUUCGUGAAUUCAAUUUUCUUUUAUCCCACUUUGCCCGUAGUGGAAUAUGAGCGUGAUCAAGAUAUAAUAAGUUUGUAUACUUUAAUACGUUAGUAACAUGAGAAUCAAUAAAACGGUGCAUCAAAUGGGAUCGGAUUUCCGAACAAAUAUUAUAAUCUACAGGUCGUAGAAAAUAAAAAGAAAAAUCAUAUACAGAAGUGACUGUUUUUACUUCAUAGAAAUGUAUCCCCUUCCCCUUUAUCUUUCCUAUAUUAGAAUCAAAAUCAAAAUCAAAAUUUAUUGGCAAAGCAGAGUCUUUAGAAUUUGCUGAGCUCUAAUUAGCUGUCAUCAGCUCCUUCCCUUUGUUAGACAAUAUAAUAUUAUAAUAGUUCAACGGCUUGUUUUCCAAAACAACACAAUGAAAUGUUAGUGGCCAAAACAUUUUUUCUUUUCAAAACAUGUUCAGACCAUCUUUUAAAUUUAACCUACCUUUUGUCGAAUUUACUUACAAUCGCUGACAACUUUUAAGUACUUACUAUAUGAAGCUAAAAACGUCAUUGAUUAGACAUGUUCAUUUGAUUGUGUUGUGAAAUGAAAUACAGAAAGAAAGAGACAUAAGAAGGGAAUUAUAGGUUAUUGCAGGAGAGUUGAGGACAAUAUUUUGUUGCAAGUUAGGUUGCUCCACUACCAGUGUUCAUUUAUGUGACCAAAUAACAGUUGUUCUUUUUAAAGACAUUCGUGCUUUUUAUGCCCUCGACUAUUUGCUAUUUUAUGUUUUGGAUGCCAUCAUAUUCCAUUUAACUCGUGGGAUAUGACUGAAAAUCCAAUAUGGGGCCGUCAUUAACCGUCCCUUGUGUAACUCUACUAGCUUUCCUUCUACUGAUAAGCUCAGUCAUAAUCAAUAUUUUGCAAAAUAAGAUUUAACAUGAAAACUGAAGAUUAAAUGAAAUUGCAAAUUAAUUAAUCCAUUAUAUUGACUUCUAGUGUGAUAGGAAAUGGUUGGUAAUCCAUUGACUUCAAAGUCAUACGCCCAACUCAACGUUUGCUCAUAAUAAUGUAUGAUUGAUUUAUUAGUAUUCUAGUAAGAAUCUUCUCUAUUACAGAGUCAACAAGUUACUGAGAGAGAUUAAGGGAUUGUAAUUUUUUACUCUAGAAAAUUAGGGGCCCAAAUUUGGUUGUCCCUCUACCAUGGUAGCGUAAAAGUGAUAAAAUAAAAAAACAAAGGCCUUGUUUAUGUGUGUGCAUGCGAUAUCAACAAAAUUGAGACACGAGUCUGAUAUAUUGAAUUAUAAAAUGCUAUUCUGUAUAUUUGUAAUUUACACGUUCAGCAGGAACUUCUGCUUCAUCUACCAUGUUUAAUUACCUACCUACCUACCCCCUAACAUAAACUAUGUCACUUUUGACUGUUCU